AUGAAGCCCAACAGAAAGUGCAGAAGAGCUACCUCCUGCACGACGUUUGCUCUGGCUAUCACCUUUUUGGGUGCUCUUCUGGGAACUGCCUUUGUUUCAGUGACCACUGAGGCGCAAGGGAGAUCUCUCCUCACUCGACUACCUGCUGUUCCUGAAGAGACAUCACAAGAUCUGAAGAAGAAGGAGUUGAGGCGAGAAGCUGAAAAGGUUGAAAAGGAUGCAGAAGGCAAGGGCCAGGAAAGCGACCCAUACGCCUUUUUUGUGCCUGGUGUGGUGGUCUUCCUCUACUUGGGCUUCGGCACGAUCUACUCCACAGAGUAUUUCAUGCCGAUGGGUGACAUCGGUGGCAAAGUGGCUGUUGCCUUUGGAGUGAUUUUUGUUUUGCUGGUUGUUGGCGUUGCCCUGAAAGAAGUGAUGGAAUAG